AUGGCCAACUUCCUGUGGGCUGCACCAUGGCCUUUAAAAGUCUUCUUUGAAGUUCCUUUAAUAAGUAUCUGUGUGCAGAGCACCUGUUUAAAAGACCACAGCUUGUUUUCCUGCAGAUCCACAGCCACCAUGGAGCUGCGUCUCUCUGUCUGCAUUCUGCUACUACUUUGUGGAACAAGGAGCUCAAAUGGAGGAAAGAUUUUGGUGUGGUACACAGAGGCCAGCCACUGGCUAAACAUGAAGCCUGUACUGGAGACCCUGGUCGACAGAGGACACCAGGUGACCGUUUUGAUCCCGAGCACAUCAUUAUUCAUGAACAGCAGUGAACCCUCUCGCUUCCAGUAUGAGCCUUUUAAUGUUUCAGUCACACAGGAUUUUUUAGAAAGGUUUGUUGAGGAGUUCCUACAUUUCAACAUGUAUGAAAUGGACUUCAUAAACCCUGUUCAGAUUUACAUGAAAUUUAUAGAUUUAAUGAAGCAAAACAUGCAGACAACUUUGAAGUUUUUGGAUGGGGUAGUGAAAUCAGAACGCAUCAUGAAGAAGCUGAGGGAAGCAAAGUACAACCUGCUGUUUGCUGAUCCAAUCUAUGCCGGCAGUGACCUGACAGCAGACAUGUUGGGCAUCCCCAUCGUCUACUCAUUGCGAUUCUCAAUGGUCAAUAACUGGGAAAGGAUGUGUGGUCAGCUACCUGCUCCACCUUCCUUUGUCCCUGGUGCUAUGAGCAAACUCACAGACAAGAUGGACUUCUCAGAGAGACUGUGGAACGCCCUUUUCUAUGCUUUCAAUGACUUUGUGCUGGAACAAGUUAUGUGGAAAGAGGUUGACAAAUAUUACUCUGAUAUCAGAGGAACACCCACCAGCGCCUGUAAGAUGAUGGGUAAUGCAGAUAUUUGGUUGCUAAGAACCUACUGGGAUUUUGAUUUUCCUCGCCCAUUCCUUCCCAACUUCAAAUUUGUUGGAGGGAUCCACUGCAGACCGGCUAAACCUUUACCAGAGAAAAUUAAAAGAUUUGUCCAAAGCUCUGGAGAUGCUGGGAUCGUGGUCUUUUCUUUGGGAUCUAUGGUCAGGAACCUCACCACAGAGAAAGCCAACACGAUAGCCUCAGCUCUCUCACAAAUUCCACAAAAGGUGCUUUGGAGAUAUAGUGGAAAAAAACCUGACACUCUGGGCUCUAACACUAAACUUUAUGAUUGGAUACCCCAAAACGACCUGCUUGGUCAUCCAAAAACAAGAGCUUUCAUCACUCACGGUGGUGCAAAUGGAGUUUUUGAGGCCAUCUACCAUGGUAUUCCCAUGGUGGGCAUCCCAACGUUUGCUGAUCAGCCAGACAACAUGGUGCACAUGGCGGCUAAAGGAGCUGCAGUUAAUGUGGACUUCAACUUCAUGACAACUGAGGCCCUCAGAGAUGCUAUCAACACCGUCAUCAAUGACAAAUCCUACAAGGAAAAUGCAAUGCACCUAUCCAGGAUUCAUCAUGACAGACCCAUGAGUCCUCGGGAUGAAGCCGUUUUCUGGAUCGAAUACACCAUGAGAAACAAAGGAGCCAAGCAUCUGCGGGUCCAGGCCCACGAGCUCACCUGGUACCAGUACCACAGCCUGGACGUCCUAAGCUUCCUCCUAACUGUAGCCUUGCUCUUCAUUGUCAUCCUCAUCAAGAUAUGCAGCCUCUGUUUUAAGAGAUGCUCCGGCAGAAAAACGACAAAGACAAAAGCUGAAUAAAAAGAUGAAGUGAGAUUUUGUUUGUCAAAAUGUAACCUGGCGCCGCUAUGUAUUGCCUCCUUAAAGUUGUCUGUCAAUGAGCAAUUGGCCUCUGAAGAAAUUACCCCUGAAAGUAACUGUGUUUUUAUGGUUUACUUGAAAAUAUUUCACCACUGUUUUCAAUGCUGAGUCGCACAAAACGUACUGCACAACAGAUGCUGGUAGAUAAGAGUUCAGAGUUAGAGCUCCAAGAAGAUAUCUGUAUUUUCUGUGGAAACACCACAAAACAUGGAUUUUACACAUGC